AUGCUAUCACUGCCGUGGUCAGAGCCCAGAAGCAAUGCUACCCAACUGCAGCUAACGACACCUGAUAUACCGCCACUGUCGGCUAAGAUUGGGGUGUCGGUGGAGGAUUUGGCGGCACUGCAGUCACUCAACAUAGCGGUUGAGAAGAAGAUUGAGCGGUUGGUAAAGAAGUGCAAGGGAGUAACUAGUGAAGUUGCGGAUUUAGUGAGGGCAAGGAGGAUGUCAUUGGUUGUGAAUUUGGACGCAGAUGAGAUUGAACCAGAGGUCAUGGACAUGAGUGUCAGGGAUGAAGGAGCACAGGAUGAUAGAGUUGAAUUCCCUCCAAUUAUAGUGAAUCUAGCAAUAAACAGGAACAUCCCUGGUCAACUAGAGGAACUAUUCUUAUGUUUGUGGGGAUUGUGGUACAGCCGAAACCAGUUUAUUUUUGAGCAAAAGAUGAUUACUCCAUUGAUGGCCAUUGCUCAUGCUUUUAAUAUUGCCGGUGACUUUAAAUAUGCAAAGGAACAGAGAAAAAAAGGGAUAUCUUGCAGUGAGGGGUGGAGAGCACCACCAGAAGGGGUCCUAAAGCUUAAUGUGGAUGGAGCCUUAUUUGAGGAUCAAUGCCGAUAUGGGACGGGGGUGGUCCUACGGGAUGCAACAGGAAAGGUAAUCUUCUCAGCUAGUAAACCAGAAAGGGGUAGUAUGGAUCCAAUGGAGGCAGAGCUUCUAGCAAUGUUGACAGGCCUACAGAUAUGCUUACCUUUGUCCAUACCGAGCUUACAAGUCGAAAGUGAUUCAUUGUUGGUGGUCCAAGAAGUAACAAAGGUACAAAAUGAAUCUUUCUCCCUAUCGGGUAACUUGAUACAGGAGAUUCAAUUCUUAAUGAAUAGAUUUCCGAAUAUUGAUGUGAGGCAUAUAACUACUGGUACGAUAUUGGAACCAAUGGCGAAGCCACUUGAUAACUUAGAUGUUCAGCUUGAUGGAGUGUCCUCCUUCCACAUGCCAAGAGUUGAGGCACCUUAUUUUGACAAUAAUUGUGUGUUUGACAUGGAUAGUGAAGUGGUUCCAACCCUGGACAGUUUAGGGAUGGUUCCAUUCGAUUUUGGACCAAAUCUAAUUUCCGAACUAUAUGAUUGGCUAGCCUUACCUAAAUUUACUGAUAUUGGGUGGUUAUGUUACUUUUUUUAG